GUUUUAGGCUGAGCUUUUUAGUUCAACCCUUCUGAACUUGUUAAAUCCCACCCACAGACACCCAGACAAAACUACAUGAAGUAGACACAAACACAAAUAUGAGCUGAGCUUAAAUUAGGAUUGGAAGCACAACACCUCAGUCAAUGAUGACUCAGCGUUGCAUAUGGCAGAUAUUUCUCUUUAGCUUGUGGAUGCAUUUUGACUUGAUGCCCUUCUUGCACUGCAAUGCUGAAAUUGAGCGUAUUUUGUCAAAGCAAGAUGUUUUGCUCAUACAGGAUGAAGAAAAUCCAAAGUGUUUCACUCGAACAAUGGCUGAUUUCACCUGCUUCUUUGAGACCACAGACAACGGGACAUAUAAUUUUCUCUAUAAUGUUGGAGGGGACCAAAGUAAGACGUGUAAGAUGUCUAUCCUUGGAACAGAAAACGGAACUUUCCUGCAUGUCUGUUCAUUUCCACGGAUGGAUAUCUUCAUAUAUGUUGGGACGGAAGUGAAAGUGGUGCAUCAGACCAAAAACAUCACAUUGUACAAACGGACAGUCUAUGUGGAGGAUCUCUGUCUUCUGGAUCCCCCCUCCAAUGUCUCCCUACAGCCAGGAGACACUGUGGGAAAAAUGCUUAUUUCUCUGGACACUAAUUUAAAAACCACAUGGAAACAAGAAUAUAGAAUUCGUCAUUCUUCCAAGACACUUGGGGAAAAAACAGUUGAGGGAAAAGACAAAAACUUUCUGCUCUCACUGGAACCAGGUGAGGAGGUUGAGGUUCAGGCUUCUGUGAAAUGUGGAAAUGGACCAGAUGCACAUCCUGGAUACUGGAGUUCCUGGUCGAAACCUGUGCGAGCAAUAGUUCCCCAAAGUGCAGAUGAUAUUUCCCUGGUAUGCUUCACCUCUGACCUGCAACAUGUUACCUGUCAUUGGAAUAGCACCAAAUAUGGUGCAGAAAAUGAUUACAAGCUCUUCUAUAGCUCUAGUCAACCUUUGAACUGGACGGAGUGUCAGGAUGAUGGAAAUCUUUCUGACACGUGUUCUUUUCAUGGAGAUAAGUCUGGAGCAAUGAAGGUCAAGCUCAACAGCACCUCAGAUCCACUCAAACGAUUGUUCUUCAGUGAAGAGAUUGAGCUGAAAAAGUCCAUUAAAAGUGGCCCACCAAGUCAUCUGAAAGGAGAACUGACUAACGACAAGUUGUGCUUGGAGUGGGAAGCUCCUCAACCCUUUCCGUCAAACCACCUUGUGUAUGAGGUUGACGUUCAGGUCAGAGAAGUUGAAGAUUUCAGGAUAACAAAAGAGGGACACACUAGCGCGUGUGUACGUCUUUCUUCAGGAGGCCAGUUCAGUGUAAGAGUUAGAGCGAAACCUGAUGGGUCGAUUUAUUCAGGACACUGGAGUGACUGGUCAGAUGUCCUCCCAGGUACCAUCACUGAUAAUACAGACAUGCAGCUCCUGUGGUGUUUCUCCGUUUCCAUCCUGAUCAUAACUAUCAGCUUCAUCACAACCGUUUUACUUUAUCGCAGGAAGCUCAAGCUGUGUUUUUGGCCACCAGUGCCCAACCUUGAAAAAGUUCUGCAGGGCUUCCUGACAGACAUCAACCAGCAGAAAUGGGAUCCUCCAAUCACAUUGAAGCUGUAUUUUGAAGACACAACCUCCUCUGUAGUGGAGAUCAUGCCUGCUGAGCUUCCAAAACUCAACAAGCCUACUGAAGAAUUUGACUUCCUCUCCUCUGAUGGAAGCUUUUCCAUUGAGAAACAAGCAGAUGGAAGUUCUGGGAGCGAAACCCUCAGAGACUACGUAACUCUGAACAAAGAUCUGUCCAUUCUCUGCCUUAAGGAAAACUGUUAUGUCUAUGAGCAGUUUAAAGAUGGAAAAGAUCCUGAGAAAGGAGAUAAACUUUACACUACCUGCCGCUGUCUUAAGCCUUGCUCGUGCAACAACUAUUUUAACCAUUCUUACCUACCUUUAUCUCAGUCUACAGAGAGCUUGAGUAAAAAUAUUAAAGUCGGAAGGGAUGAAAGUAACCCCUAUGCUAACCUUUCCCUCGACUAAACAUGCAACGCAAGUGUGCUUCCAACUUAAAUUUUCUGUAAAAAGUGCUCAAUUCACAUAGAGAAUUGAGCAUCAUUAACAGAUGCUGGUUUCACCAAAGUAUAGUUAUCAAGUUUUGAACAAAUCAUCUUUCUGGUUUGUCCCAUUAUAUUUUCAGUAAAAUAUUAAAAACAAGAAAAGAAUCAAAAACAAGAAAAGUGAUGGUAAAAAUUAAAAGGAAGCUUUAUGUUAAAACAUUACUAUCAAUAUAUAGAAAAAGCUUGAAAUGUUUAUUAUAACCAGUGUAACAAUAAGCGCUGUCAUAAAUGCUUUUAUGCAGUUUUAUGCAGUUGUUUUUAAGAGUACUUUGGAUUAUGUUGAACAUAUUAUAACAGUUCUUAUAUUUUUCAUGUAAAAUUAAGUUCAAAUAAUAGAAUCUAACUUUACAUUCUUUUAUAUGGGACAAUACAAUAGUAAUAUUUGUUUUUAACUAUUUCUAGUUGUUCUGUACAGUAAUCCAUUACUUUAUUGCCUCAGAGCUUGUAUGGCUCCAAUAUAAACAUGUAAAUGCUUAAGAAUAAUACAUUUGAAAUUUCUUUUUAAAAAAUAGACUGUCAGGGUUCUUAGAGAGAAAAAUCUUACACAAUCUUUGAUGAGUGUAGAAAAAUAAAACUGAAGUAAUAUAAUUAUAAUAAUAAUCCAGGUGUUUAUAUGUUGUUUUUUUGUUUUUUUUAAUUAUAUCAGGCAAUUUUGGUAAAUGCAAAGUUAGCACUUUGAGCUAUAUCCUGAUACGGUUUCCUCUUGUGGUUAAUGUGUAAUGUAUACUGUCGGUGUUUUAAAUAAAGUAAAUCUGGAAAAGUAUGAAACAUGUAUCAUGCGCACUGCGCAGGGACCUUGCACUUUGUUCUGUAGUUCUUGUUUAACACCACAUGGUGCCAGCACACAUCAACUUGCUGAAAUCUGCUGACAACGAGGGACUUGGAGGGACCACGGACUGAAUCUGAAAUCAUAAACUCCCAUUUUCUCAGGCUUUGUGAUCUUGUGAACUUUUUGCAUACUGAUAUGAGAUAUAAGGAUUGAGAUGCCAUUAUUUUUAUUUUAUUUUUUUAAG